GCCCCACCUGCUGGAGGCCGGGCUGGCCGCGAGUGUGGCAGCGCUUUGUAAGGGUCCUGGGUGUGGGCCCGGCACCCCACCCUGGGCACGCGGUGCCUGCUGUCCUGGGGCCGCACCUCUAGGGGGUGACACUGUCCGGACAGGCUGACAGGAGCCUCUGCCCCCCAGGAGCUGACGUAGACCCGGCUCCCCACCCCCUGCCAAGGCCUACACCCGGGCUCUGCAGAGAGGGCUGCCACAGGCCUAGCCAUGGACAGUGGCCUGAGGAACGUGCUGGUGGUGUCCUGCGGCUUCCUACUGCUCUUCACAGCCUAUGGGGGGCUGCAGAGUCUUCAGAGUAGCCUGAACAGCGAGGAGGGGCUGGGCGUGGCGGCGCUGAGCACGCUGUACGCUGGGGUGCUGCUGUCAUCCAUGCUGCUGCCGCCCCUGCUCAUCCGCCGGCUGGGCUGCAAGUGGACCAUCGUGGUGUCCAUGUGCUGCUAUGUCGCCUUCUCACUGGGCAACUUCUACGCCAGCUGGUACACGCUGAUCCCCACGUCGGUGGUGCUGGGCGUGGGCGCGGCCCCGCUGUGGUCGGCGCAGAGCACGUACCUGACGGAGCUGGGCAGCCGGCGGGCCGGGAAGGCGGGCGGGGACGCCGUGGCCAGAUACUUCGGCAUCUUCUUCCUCAUCUUCCAGUCGUCCGGCGUCUGGGGCAACCUCAUCUCCUCGCUGGUGUUCGGCCAGAAGCCCGUCCAAGAGACCCACCCGGAGCAGCAGCUGCAGUCCUGCGGGGCUAGAGACUGCCCCAUGGCCUCGGUGGCCACCAACAGCACCCAGCGGCCCUCCCAGGAGCUUGUCUACACCCUGUUGGGCAUCUACACGGGCAGUGGGGUCCUGGCGGUGCUCCUGGUGGCAGUGCUCCUGCAGCCCUGGAGGACUCUCCAGCGCCCGGCCCAGGGCGAAUGUGACACCCUGCUGUCCACCUUCCGGCUGCUGCGUGACCGGCGUUUGUGUCUGCUGCUGCUGCUGCCUCUGUACAGUGGCUUCCAGCAGGCCUUCCUGGCCGGAGACUUCACCAAGUCCUAUGUCACCUGCGCCCUGGGCAUCCAGUUCGUGGGCUACGUGAUGAUCUGCUUUGCCGCCACGGACUCCCUGUGCUCCCUGCUCUACGGCUGGCUGGUCCACUACACCGGCAGGGUGGCGCUCUACGCGCUGGGCACGGUGACCCAGCUGUCCUGCAUGGUGGCCCUCCUCCUGUGGCAGCCCCACCCCCACCAGCUGCCCGUCUUCUUCAUCUUCUCUGGGCUCUGGGGCCUGGCGGACGCCGUGUGGCAGACACAGAACAGCGCCCUGUUCGGCGUGCUGUUUGAGGAGGACAAGGCGGCCGCCUUCGCCAACUACCGUCUGUGGGAGGCGCUGGGCUUCGUGGUGGCGUUCGGCUACAGCACGGCGCUGUGCGUGCACGUCAAGCUCUACAUCCUGCUGGCCGUGCUCACCGUGGCCGUGGCGGCCUACGGCACCGUGGAGUUCAUGGAGGCCAGGCGCUCCCAGCCCCGCCGGGACCCUGGGAAGGGACAGUCCCCGGGAAGGGCAGACCCAGACGCACAUGUGAGCACCCUCGUGCCUGCCGCCCCCUGCCGCUCCGGGACAGGACGCUGA